CCUGGAUAAGUCGAACCGCUGCUUGAAGGUUAAUUCCCCAUCUCCUUUUAGCGCCAGCAUUCUGGAUCCAUCCACCCAUCGUAUAGCGGAUCCCCAGUCUACUGCGUUGCUCCCGUCGCUCCGUGCUGGCAGCUAUAUGCCCUCGAUCACGUCGUUUGCACACAUCCUCUCCCUCCUUCGUAAGGCUCGCCCAUGGUCAAUUGAGGUCCCUCAGAGCUUCGCCUGCCGACUUUCGCUUCACAUUCUCCCACUACCGCGCCACUCUUUUCGCGGGCAUUCGUUUUGACAAACCCACCAUCGACGCUUCAGAAAUACGUGGCGCACGCAACACAAUAAUACCUAAAAAGCAUUGGAAAGAAAGGAACUCGUCAAAAUGAGAGCUGUUACAAUUGCCGCUGCUGGUGCAGCCGUUAUCGGAUCCGUUUCCGCUUCAAGCCAUGUCAAGCACAUGCAUGCGAAACUUCACGCAAACGUCGCCCGCGACACCUGGGCCGACUGGAAUACGACCUCUACUACUUCGACUACUACCUCCGAGAAGCCUGUAGACCCAAAGACCACCGCGGCCACUACAACCACUACCGUGGCUUGGGAGGAUUGGGACACCACUACGAGCACCACCACCACUACCACUACCAGCAAACAUGUUAAGCCUGCCACUACGUCGAGCAGUGCAGUAGAUCCCUGGGCGGAUUGGACUUCAACUACAACCACCACCACUACGACUCCUGCCGAUCCCUGGGUUGAUUGGACCACAACCUCGUCCAAACCUGUCGAUCCCACCACUACCAGCAGCACUGAGGUAUGGGGUGACUGGACGACUUCGUCACCUGUUGAUGGUGCGUCCACCAGCACUGUAACCGAAACUUGGGGCGACUGGACGUCGUCUUCUCCGGUUGAUCCUGCCACAACCAGCAGCACCGAAACUUGGGGCGACUGGUCAGCGACGGAGGAGACCACUACCACCAUCACUUUGGCAUCGACCAAGACUACUACCAAGUAUGUCAAGGGUCUUACCUCGAGCUCCGGUGCCUGGGCUGCCUCCACCCCGGCUGCUGUGACCAGCGUCAUCACGUCGACCAUCACGCCUGGUUGGACCUCUGGUGAUUGGUUCGGUCCGGCCUGGACCGUUGCCGCGGACAGCUGUGCUAUCGAGAUUGUCACCUCCUAUGGAGCUGCAACUUGGGUCCCAACGCCUGCCGCUCCUGCGGCGACCUCGACCACUAGUGCAACGUGGGCUGACUGGGCUUCGUCAACUCCUGCUGCUGUAACCACGACUUCGAGCAGUAGCACCUCUAACGCGACAUGGGCUGACUGGACCACCACCAGCGCCAGCGUCACCACCACUUCUGCUUCCCCGAGCGUUGCUACUACCACCACGAGCAGCGCAGCUGGUCAGUGGGGUUGGUCUGCGUCUGCGUCUGCGUCCACUUCCACCACCGCAACCGGCGCUGGUGGUUCGUGGGGAUGGUCCGGCUCUGCGUCUUCCUCGGCUUCCGCCAGCAGCACAAGCUCUUCGGCCAAGCCAUCUGGCGGUAGCCACGGCGGCUCCCCCGGCAUCACCCCCAACGGUAACUCCUGGGCCAUGACCUACUCUCCGUACACUUCUUCGGGCGGCUGCAAAGACGCUGGCACUGUCGCCACUGACCUUGCUGUCAUCGCGAAGAAGGGAUUCUCCUCGGUCCGUAUCUACAGCACAGACUGCAGCGCCCUUGAAAAUAUCGGUACCGCUGCCCGCAACAACGGCCUCAAGAUCAUUCUCGGUGUUUGGAUCUCGUCCACCGGCAUUUCCGGUGCUCAAGGACAGAUCAGUGAUAUUGUCUCCUGGGGCGGAUUCGACCUUGUGGAGCUGAUCGUCAUCGGCAACGAAGCCGUCUUCAACGGUUACUGCUCAGCAUCUGAACUCGCCACUUUCAUCUCGAGCAGUGCAAGCACCUUCAAGGCUGCCGGUUACACUGGCCUGAUCACCCUCACCGAGCCUCUGUCUGUCUGGGAAGACUCUAGCUCCGCCGCGGCGUUCCUCUCGGUGAUUGAUGUUUGUGGUGCUAACCUCUAUGCAUUCUUCAACUCCGACGUCACUGCGGACAAGGCCGGUUCGUUCAUCCAGUCCGAAAUUGACAUCAUGAACGGUAUUUGCUCCGGCAAGUCCGUUUAUGUUUUGGAGUCUGGAUGGCCCCAUGCUGGUAGCUGCAACGGUGCUGCUUGCCCCAGCCCCGAAAACCAGGCAAUUGCGCUCAAGGGCAUCCACUCCACCGUGGGCGCUCAAGUUGUCUUCUUGAGCUACGAAGAUGAGCCAUGGAAGGCCCCUGGCCAGUUUGAUGUGGAGCAAUUCUGGGGAUGCGCCGACGUCUUUUGAGUUGAUGGCACAGCACUCCGGGGAGCAUUUUCAUAAGGAGCAUUAUGCGAUUGGGAAACAUGAUCGGUGACAGCAAGCAAGCGAUACAUGUUGAUCUACAAAGCUAAUGCCGUGCAUGUACAGGGGUACGCAUUUGGCAUUCAUGAUGUUGAUUUGACCCAUCUUUUCUUGACAGUUCCUUUUCUUCGUGUACAAUGUCUGAACAAGUCUACCUAUAUAUACCACACUGAAAGCGAGCCAGAAGACAGUGGCAGUCUGCAUAUAUUGCAUUAUUGCCCUUAAAGUACUACGUAGUAGGUCAUUUCCUUGCGCAAUGUACUCCGUAUGUAGUAAUCCUUCUCCCAGUCUCGUGGUUCGACUCACUGAGUGCCGCUUCAGCAUAGUUGACUGGCAAGAGCCAAUGAAAACUCUUUGAACAUGGCAGGAAGGCUGUACCCGCU